UAGUAAACUACACGCCUCCUCCUUCCUUCCUUCCUUCCUGGCUUCCUCUCCAUUGCUUCGCUUGAUUGCCUUCGUUUUCUCCCCUUUUGCUGUUCCCUUUCAGUUUCCCGAUUCCUUCCUCGCAUCUGGUCAUCUUCCCCUCCAUUAAAUUCUCCUCCCCUCCUCGCUUCUGUAGAUUUUCUCGGGAAAAAUCUGCUCUCUGCUUGGUUCCCUCCAACUCCAAUUUCCCAAAGCCCGCCUUCUCUACUAACUUUGUAAAGCUCACAAGAGGAGGAAGAAGAGAUCCCGGAGUCUCAAGAAAAUGUCGUACGCUUAUCUCUUCAAGUACAUCAUCAUCGGCGACACCGGAGUUGGGAAAUCGUGUCUUCUUCUCCAGUUCACGGACAAGAGGUUCCAGCCGGUUCACGACCUCACCAUUGGCGUCGAGUUCGGGGCGAGGAUGAUCACUAUUGACAACAAGCCCAUCAAACUCCAGAUUUGGGACACGGCUGGUCAGGAAUCCUUCAGAUCGAUCACUAGGUCUUAUUACCGAGGAGCUGCUGGUGCUUUGCUUGUCUAUGAUAUUACCAGGCGGGAAACUUUUAAUCAUUUGGCGAGCUGGUUAGAGGAUGCCAGGCAGCAUGCAAAUGCCAACAUGACAAUUAUGCUCAUCGGGAACAAGUGUGAUCUUGCUCACAGAAGGGCCGUUAGCACCGAAGAGGGGGAGCAAUUUGCUAAGGAGCAUGGUCUCAUAUUCAUGGAGGCUUCUGCUAAAACAGCUCAGAACGUUGAGGAGGCUUUUAUAAAGACAGCUGCCACCAUAUACAAGAAGAUUCAAGAUGGGGUGUUUGAUGUGUCAAAUGAGUCUUAUGGCAUAAAAGUUGGAUAUGGUGGAAUUCCUGGGCCAUCAGGGGGACGAGAUGGCUCGACUUCACAAACUGGCGGCUGUUGCAGUUAGAAAAAUCGGACCCCUCUCCAUCAGCUUUGGGGAAAAUUUGUCAAGAAAGUCUUUUCCUCUGUUGUGGUGAAACUGCUUCAAACAUUGUGUGAAGAUUUGGAAUAUAACAUACGUAUGUACAAUCCCUACCCUUCCUUUUUCUUGCUGGUUGACUGUAAAUUCGUGUUGGAAUCGUUUAGUUUAUACCUUUAUGGGUUCCUUUCUUGUGUCAGCUCUCUAUGUGUGGCUUGGAAGAAUUCUUUUGUGAAUUGUUGUGGGAGUGGUUAUAGUAAUUUAGAUGAGUUGAGAUUGAAAUUUCCAAAGUAUUUUAUUAAUUAUAAUAUUUAUUAAUUAUAAUAGAAUGAUAUGAUUAUCUUUAUUAUUAAGUAA